ACGAGGAAAACGAAACUUAGAGGUACUUAAAGUCCGCUGGAUCGAAACUGAUCGCGGACAGACGCAGGAGAAGGAGCAGAAUCAAGACGUGAAGAGUGAAGAGACCAGACACCUUCGUCGUCUGUGAUGGAAACUGGAAAUUACGUGGCUCAGCUGAACGAGUAUGCGCAGAGACAACGCUGCGUGCUGCACUUCGAGGACCAGGGCUCUGUCGGCCCUGACCAUAACCGAACAUUCAUCCAGAGGGCAGUCCUGAAUGGCAAAGUCUAUCCUGAUGGCCAGGGGAAGACCAAGAAGGAUGCCAAGAAAAGUGCAGCUAAAAAUGCCCUGGAAUUCUUGUUGAUGAAUGAACAUCAGGACUCAGUUCAUUUGGCAGAAGAGGCAGCAGGAGCUUCUGCUGCAUCAUUUCACCAGCCAGGUGUCAGUAACAUCAACUAUAUAUGUUGGCUCAAUGAAUACGGUCAGAAGAACAGGGUGCGUGUAAAGCCUGAGGAGUCAAAAGGACUGGGAUCAAAUACUUUUUGCUGUUGCUUCAUGGUUGGUGAUAAAGAGUAUCCAACUGUCACUGGGAAGACAAAGAGGGAAGCUAAGGAGGAAGCAGCCAAGCUUGUAUAUGAUGUGAUAUGUGCCAGUAAAACUUCAGAGACUGCAGGUGAGCCUUACAACCAUACAUCAACUCAACAAAAUGAGGAACCAAAUGUUUCUGAUCUCUGUAAUAGGACAAGAAGCCUGAAUGUGAGCCUCAACAGCAGCCUCACAGAGACAAACUACAUAGGACUAGUCAACCACUACUGUCAGAAAACAAAGCGCUCCCUUGCUUACAUUGAAGAGAGGAGAUGCGGUCCAUCUCAUAACCCUCAAUUUUUCUACAAGUUAGUCAUCAGCAAGAAGAGCUACCCCGAGGGCGAGGGUACCACUGUCAAAGAAGCCAAACAAAAUGCAGCUCGGUUGGCCUGGUCUGCUCUUCAAGAACAGUCAGACUGGGACAGCAAGGUGUCCAUCAGUUCGACAGUGUCCGAAGAUGGUGCACCACCCACAUGGUCAGGGCCAUCAACUACACCGGACACCGAAGAAUCAUCAUCACAAAGCAUUCCAGUGAGUUCAGCUGGGUCAAUCAUAUUCGCUGACUCAUCAAACCCUUCCAACGCUCAGAUACGCUUCGGGUCAGCUAUGUCUGAAGAUGAUCCAUCAACCAGGGAGUCUCCUGCACCACCACAAGGCAUCCAGAUGUAUACAACUAGCUCAGGAGUAUUCACUGACUCAUCAAACUCUUCAGAGGUUCAGCAUGCUGUUGGAUACAAAAAUAUGGGAGCUAAGUCAAGGUUUACUACAGACUUUGAUGACUUUGCGCGUCUUGGCAAUGGAGCAUUUGGCUGUGUUUACAAAGCAAGACACAAACUGCUGAAGAAGUACUUUGCAGUAAAGAUUGUCUGCUGUGAAGAGAAAUCCCUUCGAGAAGUGUCGACAUUAUCAGACCUCCAGCAACCUAAUAUCGUUAGAUACUACACAUUUUGGAUGGAGGAUUCGGGCUACCAAUGGGACAUUUCAGAUGACUCUUACAGCUCUUCCCAGUCUGUAGAUAGCUCAUCUGCAAAGUUCCUCUAUAUUCAGAUGGAGUUAUGUGACACCCGAACACUUAAAGUGUGGAUUAAUAACAAGAACAAUGAGUCUCUCCAAGACUCCACCAGACGAGAAGAAAGCCUGAACAUUGUUCAACAAAUAGUCAGCGGGGUCGAAUAUAUUCACUCCAAGAAGCACAUCCACAGGGACCUUAAGCCUGCAAACAUCCUUUUUGGACUCGAUGGAAAAGUGAAGAUUGGGGACUUUGGUCUGGUGACCAGAGACAAUGAUGGUGCUCUGAUUGACAGAACGGAGAACAAAGGAACCCCGACUUACAUGGCUCCUGAACAAAAGAAGGAGAGGAACUACGACAGGAAAGUGGACAUAUUUCCGCUGGGGCUGAUAUACUUUGAGCUCCUUUGGAAAGUCUCAUCUGAACAUGAAAGAGGGCGGGUUUUGCUUAAGGCCAGAUGUCAGAAGUUCCCCAAGGAGUUCUCACUGACUUUUCACCGAGAGAAACAUAUCAUCAAGUCAAUGCUGUGUGAGAAGCCAGAAGGACGCCCUGAAGCAAGUACACUGAAGGCUGAGCUGGAGAAGUUCAAGAGACACGUCUUCUGUGUCAACAGGUUUACAUCAGAGUUUGAUUCCAUUGUGUGCCUCGGCAAAGGCGCGUUUGGUCGUGUUUUCAAAGCAACAAAAAAACUGACUGGGAAGAAGUUUGCUAUGAAGAUUGUCCUCUGGAAAGAAAAAGCUCUACGAGAGGUGAAGGCAUUGUCAGACCUCCAUCACUGUAACAUUGUUCGGUACUACACAUGCUGGUUGGAGGAUUCAGGAUACCAAUGGGACGACGCAGCUGACAGUUGCAGCAGUUCACAGUCUUCUAUCGUGGAUUCAUCUGUCGGGUACCUCUAUAUUCAGAUGGAGCUGUGUGACACCGAAACACUCAGGGAGUGGAUCGACAAGAAGAAUAUGAAGAGAUCUCUGCGCGACUCCAAGAGAAGAGAAGAAAGUCUAACCAUUGCAAAGCAAAUCGUCAGCGGAGUCGAGUACAUUCACUCCAAGAUGCUCAUCCACAGAGACCUGAAGCCCGCCAACAUCAUGUUCGGGCGAGAUGGAGAGGUGAAGAUCGGAGACUUUGGUCUGGUCACUGCCGAGAAUGACGACGACGCUGAGAGCCUGAUGGAGAGAACAGUGUACAAAGGAACCCCAUCUUACAUGGCUCCCGAGCAGAAGAGCAAGAAGACUUAUGACCAAAAAGUUGAUAUUUAUGCUUUGGGGCUGAUUUGCUUCGAGCUGUUUUGGAAUAUUUCCACUGGUCAUGAAAGGCAAACGGUUUGGGACGACGUCAGAAGACAGAAUUUUCCCCAAGGGUUUUCAGGCAUUUUUUUCGAAGAGUACAUCAUUAUAAAGCCAAUGCUGUGUGUGAAACCAGAAGACCGACCUGAAGCGAGUAAGGUGAAGACAGACUUCGAAGAGUGCACUUGCAGAAACAGCACUCAGGAAAUCGUACCUGGUGGCAGCAGGUCGGUCUAAUUAUCAAAAGGAAAGAAAAGGGGUGCACGAUAACUAUAGGACCGAUAAUUAUCGGGCCAAUAACAGGAAAUUAUGACGUCAUUCCGAUAAGUCCGAUAUCAUGACGAACAGCCCCGAUAACAUAUAUUUUUGUCAGCAGGGCAGUGCCUCACUCCCACUAUGAGACCCAAAUGGCCUGCAGUAAAUGUUGGGUUCAUGUGAGGUCAGCAUAAUUAGAAAAACUCUUUCUCACUGGGAAAAAUUAACAAUACCCCCUCAUGCCAGAAAACAACUCGCUAACUUGGUCACAAUUUUGGUUGUUGCUGACUUGUAUUGGCAGUAUUUUGUCACAUGUUACACAUAAUUAAAUAAUAAAACAAAAACACGAACUUAAAAAGGUCGAAAGAACGGCUAGCAAACAAGGAAACGGGGGAAUUUACGUUACACCUUAAAUGCAGCACAGCGUGCUUACCAAAACAGUAAACAUGGCGUUGAUUGUGUGGGUCUUCUUCAAAGUUUCCGAAGAAGACAUUUCGGUAGUUAUUUGUUACAAAUGUUCCAAGCGAGUUCCACGAGGAGGGAGAAAUAGCACGAGCUUCAAACCUGAUCAGCCACCUGAAACAUAACCAGCGCUUCAACAGAGUUUGGAAAGCGUAUGAGAACGCCCGCCCUGCUUAAGACGCUAAUGUUAGCAAGCCAGUCGCAAAGAAGCCACCGGGACUUUCACACACCGGCGAGGCUUUCGAAAAAUCUAAGAAAUCUGCCAAAGAUGACCCACGGGCCAAGGUUAUUGAAGAUUUAC